GUCGUUCAUUUCUAAACUGAUAGACGGCCGAGAUUUAAAGCUCAAAAACAAUGAUCUUCUCCACUUCUCUUCAGCCUCCAUCGCCGUCUCUCCUCCGUCUGGGCUCUGAUCUUCGCACUCCUCUAAAAUACACUCCAAGGUGAAAGAAAAGCCGGAAGAAAUGCCGCUGUACGAUUGUAUGCUGCUGCUGAAGCCCCAUGUGAGGAAGGAGUCUCUGAUGGACUUGGUUGCUCGAGUGAGCAAACACGUUUGCAGAAGAAAUGGAGUUAUUACUGACAUGAAGUCGUUCGGCACUGUUCAGCUCGGUUAUGGUAUUAAGAAGCUUGAUGGAAGGUAUUAUCAGGGCCAACUAAUGCAAAUGACAAUGAUGACUACACCCAACAUCAACAAGGAGCUGCACUACUUGAACAAGGAAGAUCGGUUGCUGCGCUGGCUGUUGGUUAAACACCGAGAAACAAAGUACGGACAGGAAUUUCUAAGUGAAGAGGAUUCAAAAAGUGAAUUCAAUAAGCUUCAGCGGAGCAGCAUAUAUAAUAUGGAUGAGUCCGAGACUGAGGAUGAUGACGACGAUGACGAGGAAUAUGAUGUGAAAUAUGACGUGGAAGGGUAGUGGAGUACUGUUUCAGGCAUGAUCCUUACCAUUUUGUUGAAGUUCCUUGAUUUACGUUUGACAUAAGGUACGGCAUCAGUAAGUGUUAUGAACUAUGUUGGGUGAAUUAGCUUCUGAGCGAAAACAUUGAAUAUCUUCUGAGCGUUAAAAGGAUCAAUGUAGUAGUUUAAAUUUC